AUGAAGACAGAUUUUCGAUUUUCCAAUCUCUUGGGCACCAUAUACGGCCGAGGGAAUCUUGUCUUCACACCUGAUGGCAAUUCUCUGUUGUCGCCGGUGGGCAAUAGAGUCUCGGUUUUCAAUCUGACAAAGAAUACCAGCUACACCCUCCCCUUCGCUCAUCGCAAGAAUAUCGUUCACCUGGACCUGACUCCGGAUGGAAAUCUGCUCCUCACCAUUGACGAAGGCGGUCGAGCAAUUCUGUCAAUAUUGCCUAGACGACUUGCUAUUUACCAUUUCUCCUUCAAGACCUCCGUUACGUCCCUAGCCUUCUCGCCCGAUGGGCGAUAUUUCGUCGUUGGACUGGGAAGAAAAAUCCAAGCGUGGAGGACCCCUUCGACACCAAACAGUGACGCCACCGGAGAUCUCGAAUUUGCGCCGUUCAUCCUUCACCGCGAGUAUGGCGGACAUUUUGAUGCAGUGAGGCAUCUCAGCUGGUCGGGGGAUUCACGUUUCUUCCUGAGUGCAUCGAAAGACCUAACUGCGCGAAUAUGGAGUCUGGACCCUGAGGAGGGCUUCGAACCCACAGUGCUUUCCGGACACAGGCAACAAGUGAGAAAUGUGUGGUUCUCGGCCGACCAGGAGAGCAUAUUUACUGUUAGCGAGGACGGUGCUCUCUUUCGAUGGGGCUUCGUUGCAAGACAGACGGAUGACGAGGAGCCAGCAGACUAUGCGGACGAGAGAUGGCGCAUCGUGCAGAGAGACUACUUCAUGCAAAACGCUAAACUAAAAUGCGCCUCCUAUCAUCCCGCAACCAAACUGCUCACAGUUUGCUUCGACAAUGGUCUAUUUUCUCUGUAUGAGAUACCAUCCUUCUCCAACAUCCACAGUCUCUCUAUGGCUUCUUCUCCCAUCUCUGCGGUCGCCGUCAACAAGUCAGGCGAAUGGCUGGCCUUGGCAUCUUCGAAAACCGGUCAGCUCCUGGUUUGGGAACACGCAUCCGAAUCCAACAUUCUAAAACAGUCUUCACACUUAGAUUCCCUAACUACCUUGUCUUACUCUCCUGAUUCAACGCGGAUUAUUACUGGGGCUGAUGAUGGCCUUAUAAAGAUCUGGGACAUCUCCUCUGGGUUUCACAUUGCAACAUUCACCGAGCACACCUCAGCAGUCACAGGAUCAGCGUACUCCAAACGAGGUAACAUUCUUUUUACAUCCUCUUUAGACGGCUCUGUCCGCGCUUGGGACAUGCUGAGGUACCGGAAUUUUAGAACUUUUACUGCUCCAACACGCCUUCCCUUCGCUUGCCUAGCAAUAGACCCCUCUGCCGAGGUUGUCUGUGCAGCAUCUCACGAUUCCUUUGACAUCCACCUUUGGUCUGUGCAGACCGGUGCUCUUCUCGAUCAACUUUCUGGCCAUGAAGGCCCAAUCUCUACGCUGGCCUUCACUCCUGAUGGACGAUACCUUGUGUCAGGGUCCUGGGAUCAUACUAUUCGUGUCUGGUCCGUCUUCGACAGAUCACAAACAUCGGAAGUUUUGCAGCUGACGUCUGAUCUGCUGUGCAUUUCCAUUCGCCCAGACUCGGCUCAGAUUGCCGCGUCAACCCUGGACGGCUCACUUACUUUCUGGAGUCUGAGUACGUCAAUACAAGAAUCUGGACUUGAUGGGCGGCGGGAUGUGAGUGGCGGGCGUACCUUAACCUCUCGGAGAACCGCAGCUUCCACACCUGGGACAAAAUCCUUCAACACGAUUACAUAUUCUGCCGAUGGAAGCUCCUUGCUAGCAGCCGGAAACAGCAAAUACAUCUGUCUUUACUCCGUGACAACUGCGACUCUUAUCAGAAAGUAUACAGUCUCCGUCAAUUUGAGUCUGGACGGGACCCAAGAAUUCCUCAACUCUGCUGCCAUAAUGUCAAAUGGUCUUCCGCGGGACAUGAUUGAUACUGAAGGCGAAGCAAGUGAUCUCGAAGAUCGCAUCGACAAGAGCUUACCAGGAGUCAAGAGAGGAAGAGACGCCACAGCCAGAACCCUUCGACCGGAAGUCAGGGUCACCAGUAUUGAAUUCGCUCCAACGGGCAGGAGCUUUUGUGCUGCAAGUACCGAAGGGUUACUGGUCUAUAGUCUCGACAGCGCUGGCAUGGACGACUUUGACCCAUUCGACCUCGAUAUCGACGUUACUCCACAGAAUAUUCGAGCUCUGAUAAGCCAGACAGAACCGGAGUAUCUAAAGGCACUGAUUAUGGCGUUCAGAUUAAACGAUCGAUCUCUGUUAAGAAAGGUCUACGAGUCUGUUCCAUUUGAGGCGAUACCACUACUGAUUCGUGAGCUUCCACGGGUAUAUCUUGGGAGGCUAUUGAUGCUUCUGGCCCAGCAAAUUGAAAACAGCCCGCAUCUUGAGUUUGCUCUGAGGUGGAUUGGGGAAGUCUUGAGCGUUCACGGUCGCUACAUCAAGGAAAGACAGGGUGAAUUUGGAAGCGAACUUCGUGCGCUUUUACGCGGAGUUGAUGGCGUUGGCAGGAGUGUACGAACGCUGAGCGAACGAAAUGCGUUUGAGAUCGAAUUUUUGUGCCAACAGUCACUUGGGCAAGACGACGUGGCCCGUGACUCUCUUCCUGCGUAA